CGGGUCUUGGGGAUCCCCGUCAUCUGUGCGGGUAGCCACGAGACCCGUUGCCCCAUCCGGCUCCUUCCCUCCCUUGUUUUUGCUUGCGAGAGGGAAGUUGUCGGGAGGUCUUGGCGGGGCGAGGAGGAGUGACCGGAGAGAGCGUUUGAGGAGAAGCCGAUCCUUUCCUUGGGGCUCCCGAAAGCCGCGGAGGCUGCCGCAGUUACACGCAGAGGAGACUUCUUUAUACUGAGAAGCAAUGGAAGAAGGAGCAAGUCAAAUGCAGCCCUGCAAUGAAAACCAGCUAUCAAACUCUGAAGAUGGAUGCGGGUGGCAAGUUACAGACAUGACUAGACUGCGCCGUUUCUUGUGUUUUGGUUCUGAAGGAGGUGCAUUCUAUGUCAAGGAACAAAAACUGAGCUUUGAAAGUGUAGAUGCUCUUUUGAGGCUUAUUGAAGGUGGCAAAGGUUAUGAAGCAGUACAAGAAAUAAAGACUUUCAGCCAGGAAGGUAGAGCAGCAAAACAGGAUCCAGUAUUGUUUGCGCUUGCCAUUUGUUCACAGUGUUCUGAUGCCAAAACCAAACAAGAAGCUUAUAAGGCUGUCCCUGAAAUUUGUCAUAUACCAACCCACCUCUUCACUUUCAUCCAGUUUAAAAAGGAUCUGAAGGAAGGCAUGAAUUGUGGCAUGUGGGGCCGUGCCCUGAGAAAAGCUGUUUCAGUUUGGUACAAUGGAAAGAAUGACAUGGCUAUUGCUUUAGCGGUGACAGCAUACAAGAAGAAAGACGGCUGGUGCCAUAAAGAUCUUCUCAGGUUAUCACAUCUAAAGCCUGCAAAUGAAGGCCUGGCCAUUGUCACUAAGUAUGUAAUGAAGGGAUGGAAGGAAGUCCAAGAGACAUAUAAAGAGAGCAGACUUUCUGCUGAGGCUGAAAAAGUGUUGAAGUAUUUGGAAGCAGUGGAGAGGGUAAAGCAUACAACGGAUGAACUGGAAGUGAUUCAUUUGAUAGAAGAGCAUAGUUUAGUUAGAGAACACCUCCUGACAAGUCACUUGAAAUCUAAAGAGGUAUGGAAAGCACUGCUACAGAACAUGCCCAUAACAGCAAUAUUGAAGAACCUGGGAAAAAUGACAGCAAAUUUUGUUCUUGAACCAGGAAGCUCAGAGGUAGCAAUGGUUUGUGAAAAACUAAAAAAUGAAAAACUUCUUAAAAAGGCUCAAAUACACCCAUUCCAUAUUUUGGUUGCAUUAGAAAACUAUAAAGGAGAGCGUGGUUAUCGGGGAAAACUGCGCUGGCAACCAGAGAAGGACAUCUUGGAAGCUCUCAAUACUUCAUUUUACAAGUCCUUCAAGGCAUUAGAACCAAUGGGAAAGCGUAUCUUAGUUGCAGUUGAUGUUAGUGAUUCUAUGUUGCAAAAGGUUUUUGGUAGUGUGCUGAAUGCUAGUACCAUUGCUGCAACAAUGUGCAUGGUUGUGGCACGCACUGAAAAAGAUUCCCACAUUGUUGCUUUUUCCCAUGAUAUAGUUCCUUGUCCUGUGACUGAGGAUAUGACUUUACCACAAGUAUUACAGAAAAUGUCUGAGAUUCCAAGGGGCGCCACCAAUUGUUCUUCUCCAUUGCUCUGGGCCCAAAAGACAGGUGUAGAGGUUGAUGUUUUUAUUAUCUUCAUGGAUAGUGAGACUUUUGCUGGAGAUGUUCACCCUGCCACAGCAUUGAGACAGUAUAGAGAGAGAAUGGGUAUUCCAUCCAAGUUAAUCGUUUGUGGAAUGACAUCCAGUGGCUUUACUGUUGCAGACCCAGAUGACAGAGGGAUGCUGGAUAUUUGUGGUUUUGAUACAGGAACACCCAUUGUCAUUCAAAACUUCAUUUUAGAUUUGAUCUAAACCUGUGAGCACUCACUUUUUCUAAAGCUAUUAACUUCCUGAAGAAUUGACUGGGGGAGCUAUCAAUUGCAUUAACAAGACUCUCAAUUCAAGGCUAAAUUUCAUACUCCUGUUGGAGUAUUAACAUUUUAAAAGAGAUGUGAAAACAGCCAGUGGAAAACUCUACUUUCUGAACAUACUGUUUACAUCUGUUGUGCAUAAUUCUAGGUUUCCUAAUUGGUUUUUAGAGCUAAACAUGGAAUACAGUGAAUGCUUUUAAUUUUUUUUUUAUUAGUUUAACUAUGACAAUGUGUUCCGUUACUGAAGAUUUUAUUUUCCUAGAAUGAAUUUAUUGUGUUAAUCACAGGGAAUCAAAGGAUGAGACAGGGCUUCAUCUUUUUACACUGUUUCAGGUUAACAACCUGUUUGAUUGGAAUAACCUAUUCUACUAUCUGGGAAAAAUGAGCUACAUGUGCACUAUAGAUUAUAUUACUUCUAUCAUUGCUCAUUACUUCCUAUUACUUUAUGGAACAUUUACCACUGGCAACUUGAUGCUCUCCUUGUUUUUAGCAAAGAUUUUGUAUUAAGCAAUGUUGGGAAAUUUGGAAACAACAAAUUAUUCCCAGGGAUAUUGAUUUGAUGAUUGUACUUUAGCCUUCUAAAUUCUUGUUUUUAAAAAAGAUUUUGCAAAAACCAUCAAUUUUGUGCACAUUAUGGUCUAAUUCAAUGUUUCUCAAAUUGACAACUUUAAGAUGACAACUUUAAGACUUCAAUAAGAAUUCCCCAACCAGCAUAUUGCCAAGUUUGAGAAACACUGAACUCACUGGACUGUGUUUUAUUUCCUGACAAUGGAUAGUAGAAGGUUUAUCAAGCAAGUUGUUUUUUUAAUAGAAUUAGAAUAUCAGAAAAUAAAGAAUAUUUUCUGAUGUUCUUUAUAGAAAAUGUGAUUUAUCAUAUCUCUUGAAGUAAGAGGAGAAAAAGGCAAAAAGAUGCAAGGAUCGGGAUUAUUAAUAAAGCUAACCAUAUUCAUGUGUUACUUGUACAAUAGUUAUACAAUAAAUCAGAAAUGGACACACAUUUCUAGCCCCACCUUAACAUGAUAGCUGAUCUGUCUUUCUGUACAUGUUAACAUUUGCAAAGUAGUCUUUUUGUAUCAGCAUAUCUACUUAAAUGUAGAGUUGCUGUGAGAGCAAGAAAGCUGAUUAUAUGCUGUUUUAAUUUAUAUAGACUCUGCACAUGAAAAAUUGGUCAAACAUAGAGCUUUCUUGCUCAAAUUUUGUGCUCAAUGAACGGGCCUUACAAGCAGAGCCUAAAAUACCAUUAUUCCUGCCUUACCAUCAGGUUGGUUUGCAUAGGGAUUAUAUGUUCCUAAAACAUGUAAUUUAAUGACAUUCACCCUUUGUUGACUCCUUUGUGUCCUAAUGCAAGGACCAUCACUGCUGGUAGGCAAAUCAAGGUUAAGGAGGUGGUAAGGAGAUAACAUGUUGCUGAUCUGAACUUGGCAUUCCAGUUGGGCCUGUUGGGAAUUGUGCCAUUCCAGAUGUUGCUGAACUCCAAAUUCUCCAUCUUUGUCCUAGAAAAUAAGUUCAUGUAAACAAUACAUUCUCUUUUAAUUGAACAGAAGAGUAAUAAGUUAGUAAAUUGAUGGGCUGAGCAAGAAAGAGGCAGCUUAUAUAGAAGACUGUUUCACAACUGAUAUUGCUGUUCCUUUUCUUCCCAUAUUACAGUCCCCUAAACAAAACCCCCUAUAAAUCAGGAAACCUUUCUGGGUCAUAUGAACAAUAGCAUGGAAACAGUUUCCUAUAUUUAAGGCUUCUUUACUUAAUGCAUCAAUUUCCAGCUUGGUACAAAAUCACUCUUCUUGGUUUGGGCCGUUCUCCUUUGCUGAAAUUCUAUAUGACAUGCAAUAGCAGGAAAAUCAGGAAAAAAAAUUAUGGCAGUGUUUACUGUAAUGCAGGAUUGGCAAACCGAUGAAGAGGAAAACUAACCAAAUUCGACUAGCUAAGUCACAGAAGACUUAAUAGCUACAUUUGCAUUUUCAUUGAGCAUAUGAUGCUUGCAGACAAAUAUAUCACAAAGCCAGGCUUAAUGGAGUAUUGUGACCUAUGAACAUAUCAUUUGCCUUUGAAAAAACACCAUUCAUUGACUUAGAAAAUUGAGAAAAAUGUUAGUGUUGAAGGGGUAAUCUUUCCUCCUCUCUAUUCUGUUAAAGUGCACUUCCCGGCUUCCCUCAUCGUUAGCCAAAUUUAUAAUUUAGUAACAUUUGGAAAGAACCAUUUCUCCACCUUUGGCUAAUGUACGCAUAGUGUACAUUUGUAGUAUCAUACAUUCCGUAACAAUAACCUCUUCAUGAAUUCACGUUGAUAAUCUUGUAAACAGUUGGUAAUCAAGAUUGUGACAAUUAUCUACUCCUUACCUAAAGAUUUUCACUGUGUACUUAUGAUAGCUGUUCACAUUUUUUCAUAAUUCCAGACAUAAUGUAUACCAUUUUUUUAGAUAAAAAAUGUCUAGAGAAAUUGCUUUGACUCAGUUUUCCCCAAAUUGGAUGGAAGGUGAUAGAAACACAGCACAUCAGGUGAAGUUAUGGAAAGCUCCUGAUGCUCAAUGAAAAGUGCCGAAAUGUAUGCUGGGCUAAAUUUUGCAUUGCAGGUUAUAGAAUCUGAUACUGAAUAAAAAGUGAUGAUAUAGGCUUAUAAUAUUUGUUUGCUUGGAAGACUUGUUGAUUAAACUUCCCCCAACUACUUCAGCUUUCCUGUCUGCAGCAAAUUUACACUGGAGAACUGGGACAUUUUGGAGCAGAUACUGAAGUGGAUAGCAGGGAGAUUUAUUUUAUACAUGUCCUUUCAUGCAGCAUUUGGAUGUAAUUUGAUAAAAGCAGCAUGCCUGCUUUAGGUAGCUACAAUUUUUAAAAAGCCCUAGAAUAAUACUGUCAGACUAAUGGACAAUUCUUGGUAUAAUUAGAGAGGAGGAAGUUGCUUUGGGAAUGCUGAUCUGUAGUUAUUCUUCUGUCUUUUACAGAAAUAGCAGUUGAUCAACAGCUGGUCUAUUAAAAUCAUGGAUUUUAAAGAACUUGUAGCUGUAUUGACCUUUGUGUAAAUUAUCUUUAUUAAAGAAUAUUUAAAUAUCUGAAAGGGUUUCUACAGUGCCACACAAGGCGUUUUACCUUGGCUAAUAAUAUGUACUCUAAACUAGUUUUGUCUAUUUUUGGGGAGGAUUCUUACUGCAUUUCCUAUUUAACUGUAAAAAAAAUAAAGAUCAUGGUUCGUAUUAUUAUUAUGACUCAUUUUUGAGAGAGAUGUUGAACAUAAUGUAAUACACCCAACUGAUGUAUAGAUACUACAGACAGCUUCUGACAAGUGUAAAAAUAUUUCUGAGCCUGGAAAGAUUUGCUACACAUAAAUAUGAAUUGUAAUUGUAAAUGUGUGGCUUUUAAAACAUUUGCAAAAAUCUAAUUAUAGUUGUGAUUUAUCAAAUAAGUUAAUUGUAUAAGUGGAAACUGAUCUAAGUCACCUUAUAGGUCUUUUGCCAUUGAUUCAUUUAGAAGGAUUACAGCUAUACUUAUAUCAUGCAUUUACCCAUGGUGGCACAGUGGUUAGAAUGCAAUAUUGCAGGCUAAUUCUGCUGACUGCCAGCAGUUCGGCAUUUCAAGUCUCACUGGCUCAAGGUUGACUCAGCCUUCCAUCCUUCUGAGUAAAGGAUGGUAAAAUGAGGACCCAUUGUUGGGGGCAAUAUGCUGACUCUGUAAACCGCUUGGAGAAGGCUGUAAAACAGUGUGAAGCGGUAUAUAAGUCUAAGUGCUAUUGCUAACCUCUUUAUAAAUAAUUGUGCUGUUUAUAGUUCCUUUAUGGAGAAAUGCCAAUACUAGAAUAAUGAAAUUUAAAAAGUCAAAAUGUAUAAUUUACAUAGAUUUGUGGGAAAGCUAUAACAGGCUGCAUGAAUUUAGUUUAAGGCUCCAGGACCAAUAUAAAGAUACGUCCUGUAAAAGUAUUUUGAUCUGCAAUGUUGAAUGUAUAACAUAUUUCCUUCCAUAUUUUAAAUGACUUUUAUGACUUUUCUUGCAUUACAAAAGCUGUUGGCCUCCUGACCCAGGAGAAUUGGACAGCUAUUUUUUUUUUUAGGAAAUACAGAAAUCAAAGCUUUUCUUCAAAUCUUUGCCUAAGAUCCAAAGGUUUUUCAUCCUGAUUUAUUUUCCUCAUGAAUGAAUGAAUAUAUAUAUCAUACAUAUAUAACUAGAACUAACAUAUUUUGGUUCUAAUGUUUAAAAAGUCUUUAUCCUUUAUACAUUUUUUCAUUUUAAAAAAAUGUUGAUUAUAUGCCACUGAAUAAUAUAGUUAUACUGACUCGUCUGCUAAAAUACAUUCACUCUGAAUUUGUUCAAUCUACUUUAAAUUACUUUUUCAACAAGCAAGUGUUGUGGUAGUAAAUUGUUAUAAAGGUAGUAAAAUGUAGGCAUUAGCUUUUUGUACAGAUACACUGGUUUUACUAUUAAAAUGAAAUUGGGGUGUUUUUUUUCAAGCCAUUUUGCAGAAGCAGUGGUGGAAUAAGUAAUAGUAAUAGAAUACCAGCUAUAUUAAAUGAGGUGUCAAUUUUAUUCCCUUAUCCUAACUUUUUUUCAUUCUUUUCUGUGCUCUGAAUUGAAUUAAAUCUAGAGAUAUAUCAAUAACAGAUAGGUGACUUCAUUUUCUUUUUUAUCCAUAAUAUUACUUCCCAUAAUAUUACUUCUGAUUUAGUGCAGAUUAGGAAUCACUGUUAAAUGGUGGCAGUAGGAGUUAAAGAGGAAAGUGUUAGGUUUGAACAGAACAUGUUUACUGAAAGAGAGAAGAGGCCAAGGAGUUGGGGGGGGGUUAAUUUGCAUGUAUCCAUGGAUAAAUAAUCCACUUUAUUUAAAUCACUCUUGGCAAUAGAAGUUAGUAAUAUGAAAUAAAAGAAACUCUCUGUGUAUUGGAAGGACAGAAAAGCCCUCUUGCAUAGUAAUAAGGUGCUAUGAAAAAGAGUGCAAGCUGAAGUGGGACUUUAAAAAUAUUUGCAUGCUUCAAAACUGAAUCCACUCUCUCUUAAAAAUGGGUGUGAUUAUAGGUUUUAAUUACAAUGAAAUACUUUUUCAGUUAAUUUAAGGUUAUAGCCAAUACGAUAUAACUUCCCCCUCUCUCUGCCCUUUUUGACUAUAGCCCAGAUUUGCUUUAGACAGUUCUACAACUAUCCAGACCAGAAUUGGAGAGGAAAGGAAUCCAUUUGUAUGUGUUAUUCCUUCAAUGGCAGAGACCAUUCCAUCCAAAUUGAUAGGUUAUAGAAUGUCUGUCUGUCUGUCUAUCUGUCUGUCUAUCUAUCUAUCUAUCUAUCUAUCUAUCUAUCUAUCUAGAUUUUAAUUUUUGUAAGACAAAUUAAUUAAAAAAGACUCAAGGCUGUUUCAUUAAAGGAAAUGUAGAUAAUUUUGCAAAAAUAAAAGGACCUAGAUGGACUGUAAAUAGAGCAUUAGAAAAAAUGAGACCAGUUAAGUUCCUGUUUGCUGAUCAAAUUUUAGGAUAUAAAGUUAAUAUAACUUUAAAAGUCAAAAAGAUUUACCAGGAAAUUAUUGUAAAACAGAUAAAUUUGAUCAUUUCUAAAUUGGAAAUGAGUAGAUAUUAAAUACUGUGCUAAGCUAUCAGUGUAUAAUAAAUUAUACUAAUUAGAUUCCCUCCCCCCAAUACUGUGUAUCCUGUGUACUAAUCCAAGUAAGGUCCUAUUCGAUAUUGGUCCAUAAUUGUCUUGUUUGCUUGCACCAUUCCAAAGUUUCACUUGAGAAUCGUGUAUCCUCAGAAAGGAUACACGAUUGUUAGAAUAUUAAUAUACAGAGAAUUGUUUAUUUCCAACCAUUUUUAUGUUUCUCAUGGUAGAUAGGUAUUUUUUCCAACUUCCCAUCUCUCUACGUGAAAGAAUGUUGGGUCCAAAGUCAUCCAACUAUCUUCACUGCUCUCCUAUUCUUUCACUACCACUUUAACACUACUCUGGGUUUACUUAAUUUUACUUACCGUAAAAAGUUUUAACUUAAUUUGAAAGUCACCUCAUGCCCUGUAGUGACUGUUAACUCAUAUGUGACAUUCAAAUGUACUUCCUGCCUACAUUAGCUUAAUUCCACUCCACCUUGUUUGUUUUAGUGAUCGCUGCUGUCUCUUUCAGGAGUGCCUCUUGUAAAUAACUUUUUUUUUUCAAUAGCUGCUGUUCUGGUUUUUGAAUUAGUCUUUAGUGCCAUUUAGUUAAAUUAUAGAUUGUACCUUUAGCUUAAUGUAAAUGAAACAUGAUUUAUAUUGUCAAAGGGUGCCAGGGGGUUAUGUGCUGUAUAUUCUGGUACAUUCUCUAAAUCACAAUUCAAUGUAAUUUGAAUUAAUCACGAAAGUUGAAUUGUGUUUAGUGCUUACCAUGAGUAUUAUUUCUAAGUAAUUUUGAUGCAAAAUGUGUGAUUAUAGGCCUGGUUUUGAAUUCUGUAUUCACAAUCAGUGAAUCAGUGUCAUUUUCAUAAUAGGUCCAUAAUAAUACCUGAUUCAGUGAUUUUUUACAGGCAUAUAGGAAUUCUAUUAAUCUUUCAAAACCUUUUAUUAUAUAUGCUAAAAACUCACUAAUAUUACAAAACCACUUUAAUGACCAUUUGAAGUUCCAAUGACACAGAAAAAAGUGACUUAUGACUGUUGUACACGCUUACAACCGUUGCAGCAUCCCAUGAUAACAUAAUCAAAAUUUGGAUACUUGGUAAUUGGAUGCAUUUAUGACGGUUGCAGUGUCCCAGUAUCAUGUGAUCACCUUUUGCGAAUUUCUGAUAAAGUCAAUGGGAAAGCCAGAUUCACUUAAUAACUGUGUUACUAACUUAACAAUUGCAGUGAUUGACUUAACUAUUGCAAGAAAUAUAGGGGGAAAAUUCACUUAACUAUCUUGCUUAACAGUGGAAAUUUUGGGUCAUAAGUCGACUACUUGUAUCUUGUUUUUUGAAUACAAUAUAAAAUAUUUCUUGCUGCAAUCUUUACAAAAUAUGUAAUAAUUAUGGGAAAUUGAGCACCCCGCUUGGUAGGCAUUUGCGUGAUGUAUGUUGAAUCAAGAAUGCUUGAUAAAUAACCCAUGUCAAGUGUUUGUUUCCAUUACACUAAAAAUAUAUGAUCUAGCUAUAUUAUACCAAAUUGCAUGAAAUUAUGCUUGAAUAUAAACGCAACAUUCACCACCAUUGUAAACUACUGUCUCAGACUGAAGACCAAUAACUUAAUUGUUCUUGUAAACAGAUAAAGCCAAGGAAGAUUAUAUGAAUUCUAUAUUUGCUGGAGUGGCAGAGAUUAGUUAAAAGAUGCUAAUUUAGGAAAUAAACUUAUCUUGCAUUUGUACUUUAAGUUGAAUAACUCUUAACAGCAAAAUAAUACUCAAUGUUUUAGUGAAAAAUUACUGUAUAGUACAUUAGUAUGGAAUAUGCAACACUUGGGUUUAACUGGCCAUAUGUACAUAUUUGUACAAUAAGUAGUUCAAUUGAAAUGUUGCCUACAUUGUGCUGUGAAAAGAUUAAUGGGUAGACUUUUUGUAAUAGGGUGAGAUUUAAUUUUUAGUUGUGAUGGGGAAAUUAUUUCACUUUGAUCAAGUGUCACCAUUGCCUUUAGAAAGCCUUAAACAUGAUCAUAAGAAAUGAAAGCCAUUUGUAUCUGAAGAUGUGUAAAUUUUUCCCAGAAUAAGUUUACUUUUUGCAUAAAAUUGAUCCAUUUUGAGAUUUGAGAGUAAACACUAUGUUGGAAAAGGCUUGUAGUCACUGAAUUUUUUGUGCGACAAGGAUUUUAAAAAUGUAACAUUUUGAAAACACUAAUUUUACACAUUAUUGUAGAUUUACCAGGAUAGCACAGUAUCAUCUAGUGGCAAUCUAUACAUUACAUUGUUAACAUUUUGAAAAAAAAUUGUAUAUCUUUACUUUCAGUGGGUUUUUGAAGAAAUGUUGAAGCGGAAAUAUUGCGAAACAUACAAUUUUCAAUUUAAUAUGGUUAUUUUGACUUGUUUGAUAAAAAUUACUUAACAGGGUUACAAAGAAUUUUGCAAAACUUAAUUCUGAUAGUAAGAAACAAUGCAGAUAUGCAGUUAUCUAUGAAUCUUUUGUAUAUUAAAGAUAUGCUAUACCUUUUAAAAUAAAAAGCAUGUCAGUCAGCUAAUUAACUUCCUUCUUUAAACUUGUACCAUGGAAAUAAAUUUCAAUGUUUGGCUUGUAUAACCAGUUGUAAGAUGCAAUUUUAAGAUGCUGUUUAUCACUCUAAAGGGCAAAAGCAGGUAAUUUGUGGGAGCAAAUGUGACGUAGAUACAGUACAGCCCCGAGAAUAAUUUGACAAUUAAAGGAUUGUUUGAACUACUAGAUGAUAUUUUGGUCCAGAUCACAAUAUUCUUUCUACUCUUUCACUUCUGAUGUUUUUAUCCUUGGGUAUCAAAAUUUUAAUGAGGAGUGACCUCAUGGAAAACAUUAUUAGAAGAAAAAAGGAUUCAAUCUUUGUUCUUCUCAUUAGAAUCAUGUUCUUCUGAGGCUCAUUACAUAUUUUUUUUAAAAAAAACAAAACGCCUUUACUGUCAAAAUGUUAUAAUAAACGUUGAGUAUUUGAUGUGUGAUUUCCACUUUAAAAUAAACAGCCUUGGGUUUUCAUUUAAAGAGUAACAAGUUUUUAACUAGGAAAACUAUCUCUUUAUUAAUAAACAUCAUUAGAGAAGAGGGGAUUUGUUGGUUACCAUCGUUUUGAAUAAGUGAUUAUUUUCAGAUACAAGUGUAAAUGAAAUGUUCCUAAAUGUUUUAUGCUUUGUAGAACAAGUGCAAAAUAAAUUCUAUGUACCUCGUCAUUUAAAGUA